UGAGUGAGGAGGAGCAAGAGAAACAAAUAAACAUCGGGCGUUGCUCCUUUACCUGAUCUCUAAUCCCUAAUUUGUAGAGAUGGCAGCAACAAUGGGUGUGGCUUCUCAGACCUCAACGCGUGUUCUUCUAUUUCACCCAAUCCAACACCGGCGAACUUCUUCUUCUCCUCCUCCUCCUUCUCGUUAUCUCUUGAACCAGAAAUCUGAAUGUGUUUCUCUGAGGGGGCGUUAUUCCCAGUGCAAUCGUGCACCUGUUGUUUCGUGCAGACAAAGCGAGGCACACGAUAAUGUUCUGUCGGGGUCCACUCGCACCGUGACAACCUUGUUGGGCAUGGCCGUGUUGUUUGUGAAAGGGUUUGGGAAGAUUGCACUUCAGAAUUUGAAUUUGAAUCUGUUGAGUCGCAAUAUCAAUAGCAAUAGCAUGUUGUUGGGUGGUGGUGAAUUGUUGUUUGCCUCUUUGAAGGACCGUCCGAGUGGUUAUCUGAACACGCCGCUGACGGUUGUGGCGGCGGGAUUGGGGAAGUGGCUUGACAUAUACAGUGGGGUUUUGAUGGUUAGGGUUUUGCUGAGUUGGUUCCCAAACAUCCCGUGGGAACGUCAACCUCUGUCUGCAAUAAGAGACCUUUGUGAUCCUUAUCUCAACUUGUUCCGUAAUAUAAUUCCCCCAAUUUUUGAUACCCUUGAUGUUAGUCCUCUUCUUGCUUUCGCCGUCUUGGGCACUCUUGGCUCCAUUCUUCAGACUGCUACCUAGUCACUAGUCACUCCUCUUCUACAGGUUUGGGCUGCCAUGCCACUUAAUGUAAUGGCUGUUAAAACAUCAAAACCACUCUUUUGAAGCUUAGGUUCAAGUUUGGUGGUGUCUUUUAUACAAUGUACUUUUCAAUUUGGUAUAUUUUGUAGUUAUGUACGUGCUUAAGGUCACCAUCCUACUUCAUUUUUCAUAUAUUGUGUUAGCAAUUUAAUUGUAUCUUGAAAUUUCUUCAGUAUCAGCUCUGCAGAGUUUGUAGGCUAUUAGUUUUACAUAAAUUCCUGCUCUAUCAUGGUUAUGGAUAUGCUUUAUCAUCUGCGCCAAUGGCGACCUAGAUAAUGUGAUUCCAAUUAUACGUUCCUUAUUUGAGUUCUGAACAAAACUCCUUUGUAUCUAAUAUCUAUCU